AGGACUACACGCUGCCAAUGAAAACGCCGGCUGUAUCGAAGUGAGGAGUGACACAAGAGUUCGUGAGUUUGUUCUUGGUUGGUAUUACCCGGCAAGAAAAUGUGGAUUUUUGGUUGGAAAGGGCCAUCCGGGUUCUCAGCCUGUUCCACAGCAGAGCAAGUUACCCAAGGAAUUGAUGGAACCGGUCUCACUGCCAUCGUUACAGGAGCAUCAAGUGGCCUUGGUGCAGAGACAACCCGCAUUUUGGCUUUGCGUGCUGUCCAUGUAAUUAUGGCUGUAAGGAAUAUGGAUGCUGGUAGGAAUGCCAAAGAAGAAAUACUUAAGGAAAUCCCCAAUGCUAAAAUUGAUGUCAUGGAGUUAGAUCUUAGCUCAAUGGGAUCGGUAAGGAAAUUUGCAUCAGAUUAUACUGAAUUGGGUCUUCCACUGAAUAUCCUCAUCAACAAUGCAGGGGUGAUGGCAUCUCCGUUCAUGCUUUCUCAAGACAAUAUUGAGCUGCAGUUUGCAACUAACCAUUUAGGUCAUUUUCUUUUGACAAACCUUCUAUUGGAGACGAUGAAAAAAACAGCUCAUGAAAGCAAGAAGGAGGGAAGGAUUGUUAAUUUAGCAUCAGAGGGUCACCGAUUCACAUAUCAUGAAGGAAUCCGUUUUGAUAAGAUCAAUGAUGAAUCGGGAUAUAACACUCUUUUUGCUUAUGGACAAUCAAAGCUUGCCAACAUAUUGCAUGCUAAUGAGCUUGCGAGGCGCUUGAAGGAAGAAGGGGUGGAGAUAACUGCUAAUUCCCUUCAUCCGGGAGCAAUUGUUACAAACCUUCUGCGUCACCAUGGUUUCAUUAACGCUAUUGCUACCACGCUUGGUAAAUAUGUGCUUAAAAAUGUUCAUCAGGGAGCAGCAACGCAAUGCUAUGUGGCAUUGCAUCCACAAGUUGAAGGAGUAAGUGGUGAAUAUUUCAUGGACAGUAACAAAGCGAAACCAAGCACUCACGCUAAAGAUGUAGAAUUGGCGAAGAAAUUGUGGGACUUCAGUGUGGAUUUGACAAACCAAAAGUAGCUGUGAUUAAGGCAAUGUUGAGUUGUGGAUUACGCUUUGUGUUCCUUACUAGAAGAAGGUCACAUCUGACAACCAUGUUCAUUGCCAUGCAUGGAUGAGCUAUAUAUACAGCAGUCCUUUUCUUAUUCGUUCUUGACUUGUGAAACCAUUUGUGGGAGACCUUCUUUGCCGUUCCUGCUGGUAUUAGGCAUGGGGAAGUUGUUGACAGCAACUUUUUAAUGGGCAUGUUGAUUCUAAUU